CACACUUCUCCCUCCCCUACACCCACCUACAUAGCAUGCUCCGCCAUCCGACGUUCUUCGAAGACGAGGCCGAGGCGCCUAUCCUCCUCCUCAACCACGGCUACCUCACGCCCGAGUCGGCGCCGGCCGCCCUCGCCCGGACCUCGACCUGGGUCGCUUCUUCGGGCGUGACCAUCGAUCCGAACUUUGCCUUUGACGACGAGGCACCGGUGACUCGGAUCAUCGAGCGCGAUGUGGAGCGCGCGUUCUGCGGCGAGGUGUGCCAGGCGGCGCUGACUAAGGUCCUCGCCCACGUUGGCCACAAGGUCGGCGACUACGGACAGGGCAUGUCCUACGCCGCCGGCUUCCUCCUCAUGUUCCUCGAGCCCGAGGUGGUGGCCCAGCUUGUGCUCGCCUUUGACCAGGAGGAGCGGUACAUCCCCGGAUACUGGCGCGCCGAGGCCGUCAAGUUCAACGUCGACGCCCGCGUUCUCGGCGCCAUGGUCGGCCAGUUCUUCGGCCCGCUGAUGGGCAACCUGAUGGAGAAGGGCGUGCUCCCGCAGAACUUUACCCAAAAGUGGUUUGUCGGCCUCGGCAUCCAGGUCCUCCACUACGAGGCCCUCAUGACCUUCUGGGAGAACUUCCUGGUCCAGGGCUACGAGUGGCUCUUCAAGUUUGGCCUCUCCAUGUUCAUGGUGGUUGGCGAGCCGCUGUCGCAGGCCUCCACCACUGCCCAGAUGUACGAGCUUCUCCGCCUUGACAACGCAGUGGCCAACGACGACAUCCGCGCCGCCGCCGUCCAGGGCGCCGUUGAGAUGGAGGUUGAGGGCGAGUUCUCGUCCACCAUCGUCAACCUCCGCCACCACAUCUACACUACCGAGGUCAAGCCCGCCCUCGACGCCGCCGCUGCCUACGCCGCCGAAGCCGCCGCCGCUGACGCCGCCGACGGUGGCGACUCGGACUAUGACGAGGACUUUGUCGACUGCGCCGUCUGUGAGAACAACAUGCCCGAUGUCUACUGCAAGACAUGCAAGCUUGCGGUCUGCGGUAUGUGCAUGCCCAAGCUCGUCGCCAAGGCCGCUUGCUCGCCCGAUCACGACGUCGUCUCGGAGAACGUUGUCGAGCUCGCCAUUGCCGCCAAGGCUGCUGCCUCGGCUGACGUUGACGAUGUUGCCGACCAGAUGGCCGGUCUUGCCCUUGACGAUAGCAGUGCUGCCGAUGCCUCGGCCGAAGCAGCCUCGGCUGAGGCUGCCGCCGAUGACGGCGCUGCCGAUGGCGCUGCCGAUACUGCCGAUGGCGCUGCCGUUGCUGCUACCGAUGCUGCCGUUGCCGAGUAG